UGAAGAUGAGUACUGAGGAGAAUGGUGAAGAAGUUCGUGAAACUCGUCAAACUCCUAAAUUAAAUGAAAGUAUUCUGUCAUCUUUGUCUAGGAGAUCAGUUGCUGCUCACCCUUGGCAUGAUCUUGAAAUUGGACCUGGGGCACCUAUGAUUUUUAAUUGUGUUGUGGAGAUCACUAAAGGAAGCAAGGUCAAAUACGAACUUGACAAAAAAACUGGAUUAAUCAAGGUUGAUCGAAUAUUGUACUCAUCAGUUGUUUAUCCUCAUAACUACGGUUUCAUCCCAAGAACUCUAUGUGAAGACAAUGAUCCACUUGAUGUCUUGGUUCUCAUGCAGGAGCCAGUUCUUCCUGGUUGUUUCCUAAGAGCCAGGGCCAUUGGACUCAUGCCUAUGAUUGAUCAGGGGGAGAAGGAUGAUAAAAUUAUUGCUGUGUGUGCUGAUGAUCCUGAGUAUAAACACUACACUGACUUGAAAGAACUUGCACCUCAUCGCCUCUCUGAGAUUAGACGUUUCUUUGAAGAUUACAAGAAGAAUGAGAACAAGGAGGUAGCAGUUAAUGACUUUUUACCUGCAUCUACUGCUGUUGAAGCCAUCCAAUUCUCAAUGGAUCUUUACGCGGAGUAUAUUCUGCUUACUUUGAGGCGAUAAACAAAAAUACUAUCCUCUACAAGCUAGAAUAAACCACUCCAGAGGUUUUUCCAUAUAACUGUGAUGAAGCUUUAUUGUAUUUUGUACUGAGUUGGAUACUAUAAUAGUUCUUUUGUUUGUUUUACCAAGUGAAGAAGUCACAAUCUGUG